GGAGCCCGGCGCGACGCCCCCUCCCCACUUCCCCCACCCACCCCUUUUCUUCACCGUUCCGGGGCCGCAUUUCGGCCCGUUCUGCCCCGGGGUGGCCCUCGGACCCUUUUCCCCCCUCUUUUCUUCUUCUCUCCUCCCCCGUCUCCCCCGCAUCGAUCCAACUGGGGGAAGGGGCGUCUUCGGAGGGUCGAGGCUCCCCGUCGCCCCCCGCCCCCUCCCCUCCCCCCCUCCUCCCAUCUCCCCGCCGGGGACCCCCCAGAUUUUCGCAUCCCUCCCCGUCCGUCCUCCUCCUCCUCCCACGCCCCUCUUUGCGCCCCCUUUUUGGAGGUCGGGUCUCGGCCGCCCCUUCCCCUCCCUCCCCUCCCCCCCCGGCCGUCCCCGGCAGCGAUGGUGAUGGAGAAGGAGAAGCGGAGCGGCGGCCAGGUGCUGGACGAGUGGAAGGACUUUAUCUGGAACCCGCGGACCCACGAGUUCAUGGGCAGGACCGGCGGCAGCUGGGCCUUCAUCCUGCUCUUCUACCUGGUCUUCUACGGCUUCCUCACGGCCAUGUUCACGCUCACCAUGUGGGUGAUGCUGCAGACGGUGUCCGACCACACGCCCAAGUACCAGGACCGGCUCGCCACUCCCGGACUCAUGAUCCGGCCCAAGACGGACAACCUGGAUGUGGUGGUGAACGUCAGUGACACGGAGAGCUGGGAUCGUCACGUGCAGACGCUCCACAAGUUCUUGGAGCCCUACAACGAUUCCCUGCAGGCUCAGAAGAACGCCUUGUGCCAGCCGGGCCGAUACCACGAGCAGCCCGACCACGGGGUCCUCAACUACCCGAAGCGGGCCUGCCAGUUCAACCGGACCCAGCUGGGAGACUGCUCCGGCCUCGGGGACUCCACCCACUACGGCUACAGCACCGGGCAGCCCUGCGUCUUCAUCAAGAUGAACCGGGUCAUCAACUUCUACGCCGGAGCCAAUCAGAGCAUGAACGUCACCUGUGCUGGGAAGCGGGAUGAGGACAACGACAAUCUGGGGAAAUUUGUCAUGUUCCCAGCCAACGGCCACAUCGAUCUCAUGUACUUCCCCUACUACGGCAAGCGUUUCCACGUGAACUACACCCAGCCCCUGGUGGCCGUCAAGUUUCUCAACGUGACGCCCAACGUGGAGGUGAACGUGGAGUGUCGCAUCAAUGCUGCCAACAUCGCCACCGACGACGAGAGGGACAAGUUCGCCGGCCGCGUCGCCUUCAAGCUCCAGAUCAAUAAGACCUGAGCCUUCCCCCUCCCUACCCUCACCCUCCUUCCCCUUCCCCGCCGCCCCCCCCCGGCCCUCCCUGGGGCAGAGAGGGUUAAACAAUCCCGCCAUCUCUGUCCCCUCUGUCUCCCUCCCCCCCCCACCCCGACCCCUCCCAAACCUGCCUGCCUUCCUGGAAUGCCUUCCCCUGUCCUCUUCCCCACAAAGGUAUUUUUUAUAACCGAUCCGACUCACUCCGUCCCCUCCCUGGAGCUCGGUGGGUGGUGGCCAUUUUGUUUUUGGGUGGCCAUCUUGGCUGGCCGGGGAGGGUCACCUGGGCUUCCUGUUUUUGCGCGCACGUUUCCCCGCUUUCCCAACUCUCUUUCCUCCUUUCCGUUCCCUCUGUCUCCCUGCGAGACUUUCCAGAGGCUGUGAAUGUGGUGGCUCUUUGUUUCUCCUGUUGCCAUCUUGGUUCUUGGCUUCUGUCUGUGGGGACUCCUCGGGGUCCCCCCUCCCCAUCCCCGCCAUUCCUCGAGGACCAUCGACUCGUUCUCCUCUUCACUCCUUCCCUGAUUUUCCGGGGAUGGUGGCCUCCUGCCCGUCCCAGAAUCCUCCUCUUCCACCCCAACGCGGGCAACGGCUUCCCAGCCUUCCAUCACUGCCCGCUCCCCUCUUGCCCUGGUGGCUCUGGAGUGGGUGGCCAUCUUAGAAGACCAAGGCCACCCUCUGGGCCAGGUCCUCCAUGUCCGGCUAGGGGCCAUCUUGGCUGGAAAAAUGGCCUCUUCCAAAUGGCCACGUCGAGAGUCAGGAUGGCCAUUUUGAGUCUUCCCCGUCGUGUCUUUCUCCUGGCUUCCAGAAGGAACCCUCCCUUCGGCCCCUACUCCCGGGUGCCACCGCCCCGCUCGGUGGCCACAGCGGGUCCCCUUGGCCACCACCUUUUUUUAGGCGGCCUUUUUGGACGCCCCGAGCUCUUCUCGAAAGGGACCUUCCCGGCUUUUCGUUAGCAGACUAUCAGCACCUCACUAAUUCUUCCUCCGAUUCCCCCCCCCCCCCCCAGUUCAAUUUAAUACUUUCGAUCCUUCCCCCAUCCAACAUCCUCUAGACCUUAAGCUCGUCGUGGGCGGGGAACGUGCCCACCGACUCUGUCCUGUCAUCCUCUCCCAAGCGCUGGGUCCAGGGCGCUGUACGCAGUAAGUGCUUAAGAAGUCCCCCUGACGAUGACGAGCUGGGAGAUGAGGAGUUUUCUAAGAGUCCAGCCCACUCCCACCUCACCCUCCCCCACGCCUCCCCCAAAGUCUUUUUUAACCCUUUAACCACCCCCUAGUGUGGUACAGAGGGGGCUUUGGGCCCCGUUUUGGAUAUUUUUUAAUCGCAGGAUUGUUUUUAACUCUUCCCCACCCCCGUUUUCGUCCCUGGUUUUAUCUCCUUGUCCCUCCGUCCCCCUCCCCUCCAGGCCGCACCUUCCCCCGCCCCCUCGGCAGACAGACCCGCUCCCCUCCUCCGUUCUUCUUCCGCGUCUCUCUGCGUAUACUUUUCUCCUCUUGGCUUUCGUCGACUCUCUGCCCCUCUUCCUCUCCCCCCGACCUCCCCAGGGUUCUCUCUGCAGAGUUAUUUAAUGCCUGUGUCCGAUCUACUGUAAAAGACAAACGUACGAUAAGACGAGAGAUAUAUAUAUAUAAAUAUAUAUUACACACACCCUA